UUACAGGUUUGCACAAAAUAUUCUCUUGUGGUACAGACGCUCUGCUUCCGCAUUCUGGGAACGGAUAAAGGCGGCAAUCUGAAGCUGGAAUGCUGAUCGUGCUACUGAUUGGGUGUAUCCUGCAAAAAGAAGUUUCAGCAGCUAGCUGCAAACUAGCUGCAGCUUUGAUUGAGGCAACCACGGCGGCACACAACACACUCAGAGCAAAAGUUGCACAACGUGUUUUAGAUAAGAAUAUAUACGGAGAUUUACCGGGAACGAAGAGCCUUUUCAAGUUGAAAUAUGAUUGCACCAACGAAGCAUUUGCUUUGGCUACCAUUGGAAGCGAUUGCAAACAUUCAUCGGUCUAUACGGACGUCAUAGGAAGGGGAGAAAACUUCAUAACAUAUAAAGCAACUUCAAAGCCUGGUAAUGCAAAGCUUUCUACGAUGUUUGGAUGGGCAGUGGAGGAUUGGGGGAGCACAGUAGAAACUCCUCUGAGUGCAGACGUCAAAUAUACUGAUACCAUUAUGGAACCUUUUGCCAAUAUUGUCUAUAAUAAGACACUAAAGUUUGGAUGUGCUUAUCGAUACUGUGACACCACAAGCAAGGUCGCAAUUGCGUGUGUGUAUGAGGAAAGGCCGCAAGAGGGUGAACCGCUCUACUCGGCAGACUCAACAAGCAAGAAAGGAUGCACUACCAACAAUCCAUGCAAGAAGAUUAUUAAAGGCGCUGUGUGCGAGAAUAACGACGGCAACAUGGGCCCUCUAUGCGAGCAGGACCCUCCUUCCACUACUACUUCUACAAUUUCAACAACGAUUAGCACAACGACAAGCACAGCCACAGACAAGUCAUCUCAAAAGGAAAGCAGUGAAGUAACAACCGCAAGCAGCUACAUGCCCAGCAGAUAUGUGCAGAUAUCAAUCAAAAAUGGACCUAACGAAACGAAGACAUUUUUUAUGGAGAGGCACAAAUGCGCUUGA